CGCCUCGCCCAUUAUUUUGCGGCUGGUUGGUAGCUGGAGGCUACUUCAACUCUCCAGAACUGUCCCUCUGUGCGUGGUUGCCGGGCUCCUGGUGUCGUAGGCCCUUUAAAAGUUCCCAGUUGCCCUUCACCGGGUUCUGCAAAACGGAAGUGGGGGCUCUGGACUUCGGCCCCAGACCGCAUCAGGAUGGCUUCCGUGAGGAUCCGAGAGGCCACGGAGCGCGACUGUGGCGAUAUCCUGAGAUUAAUCCGGGAACUAGCUGAAUACGAGAAACUCUCGGAUCAGGUGAAGAUCAGUGAAGAAGCUCUGAGAGCCGAUGGCUUUGGAGAAAAUCCUUUCUACCACUGUCUGAUAGCAGAGUUUCUUCCCGCACCCGGUGACACACAGGGGCCCUGCGUGGUCGGGUUUGGAUUAUACUAUUUCAUCUAUAGCACAUGGAAGGGACGAAACAUUUACCUGGAAGACAUCUAUGUGAUGCCAGAAUAUAGGGGUCAAGGAAUUGGUUCCAAAAUAAUCAAAAAGGUGGCUAAGGUGGCUCUCGACAAGGGCUGUUCCCAGUUCCGCCUGGCAGUCCUGGACUGGAACAAGAGGGCCAUGGACUUAUAUAAGACCCUAGGAGCCCGUGACCUAACUGAAGCUGAGGGUUGGCAUUCCUUUCGCUUUGAAGGAGAAGCGUUGAAGGCAUUGGCAGAGAAGUGAUGCCAUCCUUUGAGGACCUCUCUUUACUUCUCCACCAAUUCAAGCAUUUCCCAGAAGCUUAUCUCCCACAGAGACCUCUCUGAAGGAAAAGGUUUGUGAGUGAAUAGUCCCAAAACUACAGAAAGCAGAAUUUAGGGAGAACUUUUCGAUCCCCCUGUUGCGGAUGAAAAAUAAAUGAGAAUAACUGUG